AUGGGUACUAAUCGUAUUCAAGCUAUCUGUGCUAUUCCAGAGCCCCAGAAUCUACACGAGCUGCGGAUCUUCCUCGGAAUGACAGGGUGGUGUCGCCUGUAGAUCAUGGACUAUGGACUGAUUGCAAAACCCUUGUACGAGGCUCAGAAGACGCAGCCAUUCACCUGGGGCAAACCACAGAAAGAGGCCUUCCAGAAAUUAAAGGAAGCACUGACAACUGCUCCCGCUUUGGGGUUACCUGAUCUGUCUAAAGACUUUCAGCUGUACGUGCAUGAAAGGCAGCGACUAGCACUGGGAGUCCUGACCCAACGACUGGGAAGCUGGAAAAGGCCAGUGGGUUACUUUUCCAAACAACUCGACAACGUAAGUGCCGGAUGGCCUUCAUGUCUGCGGGCAGUGGCAGCUACCGUGCUGCUGAUACAGGAAGCCAGGAAGCUCACAAUGGGAAGACACAUAGAUGUCUAUGUGCCGCACAUGGUAACUACAGUCCUAGAACAAAAGGGGGGCCAUUGGCUCUCUCCAAGCCGGAUGAUGAAGUUUCAAGUAACCCUGACUGAGCAGGAUGAUGUUGCACUAAAAACAACUAACCUCUUGAAUCCAGCUCUAUUUCUAAGUGCCACAGCUGAGGAAGGUCCAUUAGAGCAUGACUGUCUAGAAGUCAUCGAGCACACUUAUUCAGCAAGAACAGAUCUGAAGGAUGUCCCCCUAGAGCAACCAGAGUGGGAACUCUUUACGGAUGGAAGCAGCUUCAUGGAGAACGGAGCCAGAUACGCGGGAUAUGCGGUAACUACAAUUGAUGUAGUAAUAGAGGCAAAAUCACUACCACCUAACACGUCUGCACAAAGGGCAGAACUAAUCGCAUUAACCAGAGCACUCGAGCUGAGUGAAGGGAAGACAGUAAAUAUUUGAACUGACUCCAAAUAUGCCUUUGGAGUAGUGCAUGUACACGGAGCUUUAUAGAAAGAAAGAGGACUGCUGUCCUCCCAAGGGACAAAUAUUAAACAUCAAGAUGCAGUC